GCACUCAAGGCUGUUGCGAGCUGUCGUCACCGAUCACAACAGGCGUCAACAGUCGAUCGCUUUACCCAGUUCAAGCUUGAGAAAAGCAGUCCGUGACGACUCAGCGCUCUGAGUUUGAAUGCCAUACAUUGAGAGCGUUUCCCAUCAAAUCUCUGAUGAUAUAUUGCAGCAAAAUGCUCAAUGAGUUUUCACGUGUGCUAGAAAAUGGCGAAGUCGGAUGGUGGCGCUAUCGCAGUGAUACAUUCGCAGAACAGUAUGGCUAGCAAGAAUUGCACCCUCCGCUGCACGUUUUCAGCACCCAGCCACAGUGCUACUCUCCUCCAGGGCUUGUCAAUAUUGAGGGCUCAAGGCCAACUUCUUGACGUGGUGCUGGCCAUCAAUGAGGAGCGCUUCCAGGUCCACAAAGCUGUGCUGGCCGCUUGUAGUGAUUACUUCAGAGCCAUGUUCACUGGCGGCAUGAAGGAGUCGAAUCAAAAUACCAUUGAGCUGGAAGGUUUGUCUGCCCGGGGCCUGAAGCAUAUUAUUGACUUUGCUUACAGUUCGGAAGUCACUUUAGAUCUGGACUGCAUUCAGGAUGUCCUUGGAGCAGCUGUCUUCCUCCAGAUGGUCCCUGUUGUUGAAUUCUGUGAAGAGUUCCUCCACUCAGCCAUCAGUGUUAAGACAUGCCUGCACAUUGACCAGAUGGCAACCACCUUCAGUUUGUCUUCCCUCAAGGCGUCGGUGGAUGCCUUCACUUUUUGCCACUUCCUUCAAAUAGCCGAGGAGGAGGACUUCCUGCACAUUCCCAUGGAGCGCCUCAUCUUCUUUCUGCAGAGCAACAAGCUGAAAAAUUGCCGCGAGAUUGAUCUCUUCCAUGCAGCUAUUCGAUGGCUCCGACACGAUGAGUCCCGUCGCACUCAAGCGAGCAAUGUCCUCUGCCAUGUGCGCUUCCCACUCAUGCGUUCGUCUGAGCUGGUGGACAGUGUUCAGAGGGUAGACAUCAUGGUGGAGGACGUGCAGUGCCGCCAGUACCUCCUGGAGGCCUUCAAUUACCAAAUUCUUCCAUUCCGACAGCAUGAGAUGCAGUCACCACGCACGCUCAUUCGUUCUGAUGUCAUAUCAUUAAUCACCUUUGGCGGGACCCCGUACACUGACAACGACCGCCUAGUAAGCACCAAGGUGUAUUAUCUCCCUGAUCCUGCUUCCCGUCAGUUUAAGGAGUUGACCGAGAUGGACACAGGGUGCAGCCACGCCUGCAUCGCUGUCCUUGACAACUUUGUGUAUGUUGUGGGUGGGCAGCAUUUGCAGUAUCGCAGUGGAGAAGGUGCCGUUGACAGCUGUAUGCGCUUUGAUCCGCACUUGAACCAGUGGCUCCGCAUCCAACCAAUGCAGGAGGCCCGCAUCCAGUUUCUUCUCAAUGUCUUGAACGGAAAACUGUAUGCAACUGGAGGGCGCAAUCGAUCUGGCAGUCUGUCAUCUGUGGAGUGCUACUGCCCAAAGAAAAAUGAGUGGACCUACGUGGAGCCAUUAAAACGCAGAAUUUGGGGUCAUGCAGGGACCCCGUGUGGAGAAAAGCUGUACAUUUCCGGUGGUUAUGGCGUCUCUUUGGAUGACAUGAAAAUCCUACACUGUUAUGACCCAGUGGCCGACCAGUGGAACUUCAGAGCGCCCAUGAACGAACCUAGAGUGCUGCAUGCCAUGAUAUGCAGUCGAGAUCGGGUCUAUGCUUUGGGUGGACGUGUGGACCAUGUGGACCGCUGUUUUGAUGUGCUGGCUGUCGAGCAUUACGAUCCACAGAGUGACCAGUGGACAACCAUCAGCCCCAUGAGAGCAGGCCAGUCCGAGGCUGGCUGUUGCCUACUGAACGGAAAAAUCUACAUUGUCGGGGGCUACAACUGGCACUUGAACAAUGUCACGAGCAUCGUCCAGGUGUACAAUACAGAGACUGAUGAGUGGGAGAGAGAUUUACAUUUUCCCGAAUCCUUAGCUGGGAUUGCUUGUACACCAAUCGUACUUCCGCAGACACACGUUGAAUAUCUGACCUCUUGGAUGUGAAAAUCUGCGUUAUUCAGGCUCCUAUAAUUCAAGACAAGGACCGUAAAAUGGUAGGCAUGGGAUGAAGUGAGUUCAAUUUGAUCACAACAUGGAACUUCACGGCACAAUACAGUUCGAUGCUGCGUUCGUACAUCAUUACUUGACAUCGCCACACGUGUUACUUCCUUUUGUUGGAGUUAACGUUUUGAUCAUUUCACAUUUGAUUUGUGGCAAAUUGAUAUUCCAUCGAGGUGGAAGCCCCGACGAGACCCACGGUGGAUGUAUUUCCGGGAAGGACGAAGGGCAAUGUCCGGGAAGUGGAGCCCAACCACUUGGAGCGGAGCCUGAGAAGCUCUGUCACUGAGUACUGUGGCAGUCCUUCCACAGGUCGAUGGAGGAGCGACAGGAUGGGCCAGAGCAGUAAGGCCCAGACAUCGGCCCUGUUGACCCUCAUCAUGGGGUACAGAGGGGUUGAGAUGGCACGGGGCCUCAUUUGAGAGACGAACAUGUAAGACGCUGUGACAGCGCGAUUAAGAACAAUCGCAUGACGAUUGAUGGUUUAAAAUCACAAUGAAUUGGGACAGGAGCGUAGGGUUUUUCUUAUGACGACAGUAAACCGUAAAAGACGCU